GUCCAUGCAUUUGCUUUAGUGCAUUGUAAUGACCCUGAUAUUAGGGAGCCUGGGAAAUGAGGCAUUGGGUUACACAGGUCCCUUGAAUCUGGGUACACAGCACUGCUACCCCAUGCAUAGAAUAGGCAUUAUGGGGGGUAUAAUUAACUGUUCACCUUUGUUGAUUUUAUGAUGGAACCAAUGUCUGAUACUGGCAUGGAGCCGCCUAUGAGCCAGGAGACCUUUGAGGAACUCUGGGGGCUCUUGCCUGACCCUCUGCAAGAUGCAACUUGUGCUCAAGAUAAUAUAGCGGAUUUUGGGGAAUACCCAAUAGUUAAUACCAUGUAUGCCCCACAAGAGGAGGGAGUCAGCAGUUCUGUUGUUUCAGUCACAUCAUCUGCUGUCCCGUCUACUGAUGACUAUCCUGGAGAAUAUGGGCUACAGCUGGAAUUUCAACAGAAUGGGACGGCAAAAUCUGUCACCUGCACAUACUCUAAGGAUUUAAACAAGCUGUUCUGUCAGUCUGCAAAGACCUGUCCUGUUCUUAUCCGUGUGCAAAAUCUUCCACCAUGUGGUGCAAUGCUUCGUGCCACUGCAGUCUAUAAGAAAUCUGAGCAUGUUGCCGAAGUGGUGAAAAGAUGUCCACACCAUGAAAGGAGUUUAGAGUCAGGCGAUGAUAAUGCACCACGCAGCCAUCUGAUACGUGUUGAAGGAAACAUUCAGGCUAUCUACGCUGAGGACAUGAACACUGGCCGCCACAGCGUCUAUGUCCCAUAUGAGGGGCCACAGGUGGGGGCUCAGUGCACUACAGUUCUGUACAAUUACAUGUGCAACAGUUCUUGUAUGGGAGGCAUGAACAGACGACCCAUCUUAACCAUCAUUACCUUAGAAACAAGAGAGGGACUCCUUCUGGGGCGUCGUUGUUUUGAAGUUCGUGUCUGUGCCUGCCCUGGAAGAGAUCGCAGGACUGAAGAGGAAAACUAUUUGAAGAAGAAAGGGCUGAAGACCAAUCUUAAAAGAGCUCUUCCAAAUUUACCAGUCACUGAUGCUGUUCUUCCCAAGAAACAUGUUGUUGCAGAAGAGGAAAGAUUCACUUUACAGAUCAAAGGUCGUGAACGGUACGAGAUGCUAAAGAAGAUAAAUGAUGCACUGGAGCUUCAAGAGAGAACCGAACAGCAAAAAAUAACAAUUAAAUGCCGAAAGGAUCGUGAAGAGUUAAAACCGAAGAAAGGGAAAAAAUUGCUAGUGAAAGAGGAGCUAGGGGAAUCGGAGUGAGUGAGCGGGUUCGAGUGUAUGAAUACAGGGAGUCAUCUACCACCCUUCAGGAUACAUUAGUCGACUGCUGUGACUAUGCAGGGCUGACACUGCCAAUUUAUGUGGAGAAUUCCACAGUAACAUCAGCUGGCUUGAGGCUGUGGUCUUCUUCUCUUAGGACCUAACUGGCUGGAUGUUUCCUGUUCAUUGUACAGUAUAAUGGUGAUUCCCUGUGUUUUUUUUUGUUAUGUAUUUGUUCCAGCUUCUACUGCCCAGUGUUCCUGUAGUUAGUGGCCUCCCAUUACUCUAACCCUAAAUCCUUCUACCUACGCAAUUGUUUAACAUUUUCUGCAUUUUUAAAUAAAGUUACAUUUAUCGAUUUGUAA